AUGGUUCAGAUCAGACGACUAGACGCCUCGAACCUGGUCGCUGCGUCGGCACGAAGCAUCUACCAGAAGGUUCUGCACGGCAAAUUCUACUUUUAUUUGCUUGAGGAGAAACCCGGCCGUGCUGAGGCCGUCGCGCUCUGGGAAUGGCCUGUGUUCUACAAGGCUCCAUCGGCCAAUCGUGUUUACACCUGGUUGGUUGACUUGUGGGUUCGUGUAGCUGACUGGUGGGCUUUCCUGGGCUCUGCCAACCCGUUCUACACACCCGGCAUGAUGCGUGAGUACGAGAUCUUGAGUAGAACAUGCAACGCUGAGGCAACCCCACAGCGUCUGGCGGAGCUUGAGGCCUGCACUCCCCAGCAGCUCGAGACUGCAACGUACCCCAGGGACUACUGCUACUACUGCAAGACUUUGGCAGUUCGUAAGGAGGCCCAGGGCAGAGGCUAUGGCCGCACGAUCAUGACCCACUCGGAGCAGGAUCUACCCGAGGACAGACCCCAGUUUGGUUCUGCUUACGGGCCGACUAAAAUCGGCCUGUUUUCUAGCCCUAUUGCACAUGAGUUCUACAAACGCCUAGGCUACACGGUGGUGGGCGCAUUUGAGUCCAAGCUGGAGAACGGCGGUAUUUUGCCUCAUCGUUAUUUCCAAAAGACACUUAUUGUUGCUCGGGCAGGCGCCCCUGCUCCAGCUGCAUAA